CUUCAAGAAGUUUACUUCCGUAUGCUUGGUGAAGCAGCGAAUUUCACUAUCGGAAUGCUCAGAAUUUGACUUAAUUUCAAAGCCAUUACUCUACAUAUYUGYUAUGAUGUSSAACACAAGGUCUUCCUGAUUCUUCUUCUUGGACGCAUUUAUACCAAAGGUUGCAACAUGACGUCAUUCCUUUCCGCUGCUGUACUUCUUACUGCAUUCCUUGGAUCAUACUGCCAAAACGAUUCACCACCGUCUAAUGUAAGAGUUCAAGAAAAAACUGCUACACGCAUCACUCUUGAGUGGAAUUCURCAAUCAACGCUACAGAUUAUCAAGCAUUUUAUAAGAAAAAAGAUGAUUUGAGCAAUAUAUGGCAUAACAAAUCAAGUGGUAAUGCAAGCACCAUAGAAAUCGAUGGAUUGCAACCCUAUACUGUAUAUCUAGUUCAAGUACUAGUCAUCAGAAACAGUGUAUCAAGCAACAAGAGUGAAAUCUUAGAGGUCCARACCGAUCAAGCACAACCAAGCGGUAUUCCAAAAAUAACAAGAUUUACUGGUACAAGCUCGAGUAUUUACCUAGAGUGGAAUCCUAUUCCCAAAGAUCAAGAAAAUGGACCUUUAUUAGGAUAUCACGUCUUUUAUAUAAAUGCUGCAGAUAUAGGUGACUACACAAAUAAGUAUAAAAAAAUAACAGUUGAAGCUAGGAGAAGAAACGCCACGAUUACUGGUUUACACGGUUUUACGGUUUACCAUUUUGGAGUUCUUGCAUUCAACAGUAAAGGUUUUGACUCUAAGCUUGUCAGUGUGAAACAUGUGAAAACGUUAAGAACUGAAGAAGGAGUUCCAAGCAAACCAGAAGGGCUGACGGCGGAAUUCACGACCCCAUCCAAUCUCAKCAUAUCAUGGAAACCUGUAUCAGCUGACAAAGCAAACGGUAUCCUUCGUAAUUAUCUUUACAUCGUAUCUGAAGGAAACAAUGURAAGGUGAACAAGACUGCGAGUAAUACUUCAAGUCACGUGAUCAUUAGCAGUCUUGAUGCCUGUCGGGAAUACGUCAUCAAAGUUGCUGCAAGUACUGGUGCGGGAACGGGCAACUUCAGUCAAAUCAGCCUGGGAAAUUCAUGUCCCAGAAUAACCUAUUUCAAGCCGCGAGUUAUUGCAAAAGUCCACACCUUUGUAGUCCUACCAUGUAACUUCACUGGUCUUAACAAUUCGGUCUCAGUGGAAUGGAUUCUUAAAGAUGAUAAGGAACCUUUGAAACUCGGUUUCAUGAAGCAACAUACAAUUGUCACUACUGCUGGAUUAAUUGUGAAACACAUAAUACCCUACAAUAAUGGAUCUCUGGUUAUCGACUUUGUUGAGUCAACAGAUGAGGGCCUUUACCAGUGCAGAGUUCAAAGCGCAGGCGGAUCUGAUUCUGCAAACAUUAGCCUGGUUGUUGCGGCAGAAUCUGUUGUGGUAACGUUUACACUAAAUCUUCAUAAUGUAACAAAUGUUACCGACCUUGGAGACCAAAAGUCACAAGCUUACAAAGAUCUUACUUCUAGAAUCAAUAGUGUGCUUCUUGCAAUGUAUAAUGGAACAGUUUCUUACAAAGUGGAGCACGUUCAAGUUAAUAUCAUCGUUCAUUUCUCAGAGGUCUUCUUGAAAUUCAUUGUGUCAGCAUCUUUGAAUUCAGUGCAAAGUCAGUACAGCGUUGAAGAGAACAUUGUAGACAUCAUAAAUGCGAACAUCCAAGCAGGAAGACUGGGUUCUUUAUAUGUUAGCAAUCUCAUAGUAGCCGGACCACCCCCACCUCCUUUAGACCUCGUUAUUUACCGUCUUCGUCCAACCUACGUCAUCCUGCGAUGGAAAACCCCCAAGAACGACAAGCUCUAUAAACUUGAUGAUUACAGCAUAAAAUACAGACACCACGGCGAGAAGGAUUUCAAGACGGUAAAAACCGUUAAAAACGAUGGCCCUGUAAUUUAUGGUCUCUUAGAUGGUCUAGACAGCGGCAAAGAAUAUUUAGUUAGAGUAGUAUCACAUCGCUCAACUGGGACUAGUAAUCGAGGAACUACCAAGGAAAUUGCAACACCAAAUCCAAUGUUGAAUGCCAUCCUGCUCAACAUCGUAUUUCCAAUAGCCUUGGCGCUUAUCGCAGUGUUGUUAUUCUGCGUCGUUCUACGAAAAACUUGCCAUGACGAAGAAGAACAUGAACUUGCCAAUAUUCAAAUGUCACAAACAAGGCAAAUUCGCGAGGAAAACCCGUACAACAUAGGAAGGCUGUUACAAGAGUUCCCUUGUCGGUGGAAAGAACUUAGUCGAUCUGAUUUGAUGGUCGGCAAGGAGCUUGGCGCUGGAGCUUUUGGUACCGUUGUUAGAGCAGACCUGAAAAUGAACGACAAGAAGAUUCCAUGCGCAAUCAAAAUGCUCAAACCCUAUGCAACCGACAGAGAACACCGCGAUUUGUUUAACGAGCUGAGUAUUAUGGCACAAGUUGGUUAUAAUCCUAACGUGAUAAGUCUGCUAGGUGCAUGCACGACUAAUGGUCCACUAUGGGUAGUGGUAAAACUGGCCGAGAAUGGUAGCCUAAUUGAAUACCUUCACGAGCACCGUAUACCCGACUACGUCGACCACUCCUAUAUGAAUGUACCAGGUAGUAGUCAGGACUUUAACGAAGUCGAACCCUUGAACAAACUACAAAAACUGAAGUUUGCACAUGGUAUUGGUAAAGGAAUGAGUCAUUUGGAAAAGAUGAAGUGUGUCCAUCGUGACCUGGCUUCAAGAAAUGUUCUUUUAGGCAAACAUCUGGUUCCUAUGGUGUCAGACUUCGGCUUGUCUCGUGAUAUCUAUGAAAGUGGAAUGUAUGAGGACUGCAGAGGAGGGAAAAGGCCAGUAAGAUGGAUGGCUCCUGAAUCGAUAGAGGAUUACACUUGUACUACAAAAAGCGAUGUGUGGUCAUUUGGAAUAACUUUAUGGGAGAUAGAGACAGCAGGUACAAYUCCAUAUGCUGGCAUUGAAAGUGGUAUGGACAUACUUAAUGAACUCAAGAAAGGGUACCGACUGGAGCAACCACCGUCAUGUGAAGAUGUCAUCCAGUCGUGCUGGAGAUCCAAUCCUCUUGACAGACCAUCGUUCAAAGACUUGACGUCUGGGAUCGAAGAAAUGCUGACUGGCAUAUCGGAGUACCUAGARAUCCACCCAGAAGACGAAUAUCAAGAGGUGUUCACAAGUCCCUAUGACGAAGUCAUAAUCAACACCRCUGACUUAGACUCAGAUGAAGUCCCUAACGGAGGCAUAUCUGAUGAUAGAUAUAGCAAUCUAAGAAGGGAGCCUGAUAACAAUGAACCAACUGAUAACGAUACUUCUAUGUAAAUGUACUUUGAUUUUGAUAGCACUUGUGCACUUGUGCCUAAAGUCGAUAUUAUCAACAGCAGAAAUGUCACAAUCGCCCCAAAAUGCGUUUUUCUAUUGUUGUCACUUGGGAAACCAGAACAACGGCGAAACGCGUUUGGGACAAUCAUAUGGACAUGAAGGAUCAUACUGUACCACGUCCGUGAGUGCACUUCUUCACAAAGUUUAAAUAGAGAUUGACUUUUAUGUGCAAUAUGAAUACUGAUAAGUGGCAGGUGAAAAAUACCAUGACCAGCAUACUUUUUAUUUUUCUCCUUUUUUUUAAACUUAAGUACCGCUAACUUUUGUCAUGUUAAAUUGUUUUUUUAUUUUAUUUUACGCCGAUUGGUUGUAAAUAGUGCAAAGUGUUUUAUUCAUUUAGUCUUUGUGUCUUUAAGUGUUUAUGUUUCGUAAUGGGAAUAUCUGCUCUCUCCUUAUAUUUAGAAUAAAUUGCCUAAACCGGAA